ACCCCCGGAUCGCCCCCUCCGCCCGCGUCUCCGGACUCCCGGAACUGCUUGCCAUGGCGGCCACCACGCUCAGGGGCCAGCUCAACGCCCUCCUCGACUCCAUGUUCGCCACGGGUAUUGUGGACGAGGCUUUCCAACACCUGCGGUCGGUGGAGCAGGAGGGCUUCCUCGCCGAGGUCGUCAACCUCUUCCUUCACGACGCCGACAACAUCCUCAACGAAGUUGCCUUCCGGCUGAACCAGCCCGUGGUGAACUUCGACAGCGUGGGCGCACUGGUGCAUCAGCUCAAGGGGUGCAGCGGCAGUGUUGGUGCUAAGAAAGUGAAUCUCUCCUGCACCCACUUCCGUCAGUUUUAUGAGGCACAAAGUAAAGAAGGGUGCCUCAUGUCAUUGGACCUUAUUAGGAAUGAGUUUUAUGAUGUGCGCAACAAGCUACAAACAAUGAUUCAGCUGGAGCAGCAGAUCGCAGCCAUGGGUCCUCAGUAGUAGCAAUUGAAGCAAAAAGAUCAUGGCCCCAUAUGAUCCCUAGCAUGAUGGGGUGUAUGUAUCGCUAAAGAUGUUCAAGUGG